AUGUCUUUCAGCUCGUUGCUACCUGCUCCUGUACACUCUGGUAAGACCGGUUCCAAUGCCAGUGGGGAACUGCUUGUGAAUGCGCUCGUUGACGAUGGAGAUGCGGUUGCUAGUGACCAGUACAGCGCGAUGGUGUCGCGGGUGACCUUGCACGACUUCAUACCUCUACGACAGAGGGAUUUUAACAUGGCUAUUCCGUUGCCCAGCGAGAGUGAAGUGGCACGGACGGCUAAGAAAACGUGGUCUCACUUCCAGUCUCUCAUUGGUGAAGUGGAGCAAAAGUCCGCUGGCGGGCGCACUGAGGACGAGCUUGUCGUUCUCCCUGGGGGGAAACGGUUACAUAUUGUCACUGCUCAGCAUGACCCGUUGCAACCGAAGAAGGCGAGCCGGAGCAAGAAGUCGUACGCUCCCUCGAACGAGGAUGAACCCAUCCAGCCGAUCCUACAUACCACCUCUGCUGGUGAUAAUCCCAGUCCCCCCGUGGAUAAGCGUGCGUGGCAGAUCCCCAGUUUCGUGUCGCAGUGGAAGAACCCGAAGGGGUACACCACUGCGUUGCGCGGGGCCGGGAGUGUUGUUGCAGGUAACAGCGGCGGUGAGGUGACCGAUGGGUUUGUUGCCCUGGCGGAUGCACUUGAGGCAGCUGACCGGGAGGCCCGUGUACGGUUGCAAUUGAAGCGGGAGGCUAAAGUUGUUGAACUGAACCGUGCCGUACGAGAGAGAGAACAGAAAUUGAACAAGAUCAUGAAGAGCGUGCCCCGCCGGGGGGUACCUCUCCAUGAGAGGGAUGUCUCUGAACGGAUUGCGUUAGACACGGGGCCACGCCCGACAGCGAACCGCAGCCAUGAAGGUGUUGCGUACGACUCACGUUUAUUCACGAAGGGAGCCACGACGCAGCGUCAAACGGAGAGUCUUUACGAUAACCCUCUGUUUGUGCAGCAAGAUAUCGACAGUAUAUACCGUCCUCGUAAGACUGGUCGCGGCGAGGCCACUGAGGAUGAGUCCCUGGGGACAGGACCCAUAGAGUUUACACCUGCUGAAGAGCAGAACGGCGACUCUGAGAGGUAA